AUGGGGGAACGAGGAAACAACAGUAAAGAAAGCAAAAACACGGAGAUGAAGGACAAAGUUCAAAUCGCAACUCAGAAUCUUGGGGAUCCUCUGACUCUUCAGUCCUCGGACCAUCCAGGUAUGGUUUUAGUAUCUGCUCCUCUGGUAGGGACAAACUUUAGAUCCUGGCAUAGAGCCAUUAGGAUAGCCCUAGGAGCUAAACAGAAACUCGAAUUUAUAGAGGGUACCGUUACAGUGCCUGAUAAAGAAUCUGAUUCGUAUGAACAAUGGAAGCGGUGUGACUUUAUGGUCACAUCCUGGAUUUUGAACUCUAUAUCCAGAGAGUUGGUAGAUGGUUUCAUUUACACAGCCUCAGCCAGAGAUCUCUGGCUUGAAAUCACAGAAAGAUUUGGUGAAUGUAAUGGCACCAUGAUCUAUGAGCUGAGAAGGAAAAUAUCCUUGAUAUCUCAAGACAAUGCCUCUGCAUCUGUCUAUUUCACAAAAUUAAAGGGGCUUUGGGAUGAAUUGGGGUCAAUGGAAACUCUCCCACCAUGCACAUGUGGUGCAUCAAAGGCAAUAGAUGAGCUGAAUAAUAGAAAUAGGUUAAUGCAAUUCCUUAUGGGAUUGAAUGAUGCCUACGGGACAGUUAGAGAUCAGAUCCUAGGCAUGGAUCCUUUGCCCUCUGUGAAUAAAGCUUAUUCUAUGGUACUCAAAUUUGAGUCUCAGAAGGACAUUCUGGGAAGUAUAAAUGGGAACACUGAACCUUUAGUCCUGAUGAAUAGGACGCAGAAACAAUAUCAAGGAAGGCAGAAAAGGCCUGACCAGAAAAAGGGACACUGUUCCUACUGUGACAUGGAUGGACAUGUCAGAGAGGGUUGUUUCAAGCUAAUAGGAUACCCUGAAUGGUUUAAGACAAAAACCAAAAAUAAUGGACAAUUCUCCAAAACAACCAGAACCAUAGGCCAUGACAAGAGAGUUGUGGCAGCUGUUGAAGUCCCCCCAAACAGAAAGGACACCCCCAUUGACAUGCCUGAUACAUCUACUCAAAUAAAUGACCUUAAUAUCAUGUUGAGUUCCUUACAACAGGAGGUCAGCAAACUAAUGAAAGGAAAGGCUGUACUCACAGCAAAUACUCACCAAUUUGAUUACAGCAAUGAAUAUGAUUCAGAUUCAGGUCCAGUCAUAUUUGCAGGUACUUCUUACUCUAAAAAUUUAUCUUAUGCAUCUUUCCAUAAGCACUGUAAUUGGGUCCUUGACACUGGUGCCACUGACCAUAUGUCUUCAAAUCAGUUAGUUUUUCAAUCCUUAGACUUAUUAAAUAAGCCAGUUUCUGUUUACUUACCUGAUGGUAAUGCUGUGAAAGUUUGCUAUACUGGUUCUAUUAUGCUUUCAGAUUAUGUAUACCUAAAAAAUGUAUUGUUUGUUCCAAAGUUCAAUUAUAAUCUUCUUUCUGUUAGCAAGUUAAUCAAAGACUGCAAGCUGAGUUGUCUCUUCCUUCCUACUUGUUGCAUUAUUCAGGACCCUCUGACUAAGCGAGUGGUUGCUGUGGGCAAGGAAGAGGCAGGGUUAUACAAAUUGAAUCAGAUGAGUUUUUUGCCUCUUGAAAUUGAUAAACAAUUGGCUGCUAUUGUGAAUACUAUGCCUGAGUUGCAAUCCUUUGUGAAUACCACGCUUUCUACACAUUCAGUAAAUAAAGAAAGCCAUACUUUCAGAACUGAAUCUUGCAUGUCUGCUGUUCAUAUUCUUGAUUGGCAUGAUAGAUUAGGACAUGCAUCUCUUGGGAAAUUAAAACAUAUUGCAAUGUUUCAACACACUGAGAAUAUUCCCUUACACUGUCAAACCUGUCCUCAGGCUAAACAAGCCAGGCUACCCUUUCCACUUAGCAAUACUACUGCUAAGAAGCCCUUUGAUCUACUUCACAUAGAUAUUUGGGGACCAUAUAACAUAGAAAGUGUCACAGGAGCUAAAUACUUCUUAACUCUAGUUGAUGACCACACUAGAGCAACCUGGACUUUCUUGAUGCGGCUUAAGAGUCAAACUGUUCAUAUCCUAUCUACUUUUCUGAAUAUGGUGCACAAUCAUUUUAACACCACUGUUAAGAUAAUAAGAACAGAUAAUGGUUGCGAAUUUCUUAGCAAUGAAUGCUCCAGAUUACUAAAUCAAAGAGGUAUCAUUCACCAAAGAUCUUGUCCUCACACCCCUCAACAAAAUGGCAUUGUUGAAAGAAAACUCAGAUCACCAUCACCGGCUGUGCUCCAAGUUGCCCCUGGUUUCCAUCCCAGUUCCAACUUGCAGGGGGCGUGUAGAGAAUACAUGAUAGCUGAUGUUCUGUUAUAUUGUGUUAUUGUGUUUAUGUUCCUGGGUUAUAUGAGUAAUUGUCUUCUGUAA